AUGAUUUAGCAAUUUAGUUUAAUGUUAAGAUGUGAAAAGGAUGAUCACCAGAAUGAGAUUGAAAUGGUUUGCCAAAAUUAGUUUUGUACGGAAUUCAGAUUACUUUGUUUUAAAUGCAUUCAGAAAGGAAUUCAUCAAGGUCAUUUGAAUGAUGUUGAAAAAAUCAGCAAGCUUGAAGAAUUAAUUGAAAAUAAAAAUAAAGAAUGUGAUAGUUUGAUAGAUGAUCUAAAUACACAAGUAGAAAGUGUUAAUCAAUCAUUUACUUAAUUAAAAAGGGGAAUUAGAAAUAAAUAUUAAUUAUUAAAAGAAAAAUUAGUAAAUUUGAAUUCUGAAUAAAUAAAUGAUUUCUUGAAUUCAAUCAUAUAAUUAACAGAAUACAAAUAAUCAAUUACAACAAUUAUUUAAGCAUAAACAAAAAAAUUAAAUCAUACAUUUAAUGAUUUAUAUGGAUAAUUGAAAUUAUCGUAAUUAAAUUAUUAAUAAAUAAAUUAUAAUUAAAAUGAUGAUAACAAACUCUCCAAAGAAUUAUACGACAAAGGUAAUGAGUAGUGUAUCAUUUUAUAGGUUAGUAAUUAUAUACGGAUGAUAAAUAUGACUAGGCUAUUGAAAUGUUAGAUAAAUCAAUAUAAUUAAAUCCCAAUAACCAUUUAUCUUUAUAAUGUAAAGGUUUAAAUAAGAGAUUUAAUGAUAGGUUCUUGUUUAAAAAUGCAAGAUAAAUAUGAGGAUGCUAUUAUUUGGUUUGAUAAAGCAUUACUUAUUGAUUCAAAACAUAUUAAAUCCUUAAGUGAAAAAGGUAGAUUGAAUCAUAAUUAAUUUAUAGGGUAAUGCUUAAAAUUAUUAAAUAAAUAUGAGGAUGCGAUUACUUGGUUGGAUAAAGCAUUAACUAUCGAUCCAUACCACAUUCUUUCAUUAUGGAGCAAAAGUAGUUUGAUUCUAAAUUGAAUUAAUAGGCUAAUGUUUAAAAAUGUUGGAUUAAUAUGAGGAUGCAAUCACUUGGUUGGACAAAUCAUUAGUAAUUGAUCCUAAAUAUGUGUAUUCCCUUAGCGAAAAAGGUAUAUUUUUUCACAAAUAAUUUUAUAGGUUCCUGUUUAAAAAUGCUAGGUUAAUUUGAGGAUGCAAUCACAUGGUUGGAUAAGGCAUUAGUUAUUGAUCCUAAACAUGUUUAUUCUCUAAGUGAAAAAGGUAUAUUUAUUAAUAGUUAAUUAUUUAGGUUCCUGUCUAAGAAUUUUAAAUAAAUAAUGGGAUGCAAUCAAUUUUUUGGAUAAAGCAUUAAAUAUUGAUCCUAAGCAUGUUGGUUCCUUAUCUAACAAAGGUAGAGAAAUCAUAAUAUCAAUAGGUGACUGUUUAAGAUCAUUAAAGAAAUAUGAUGAAUCCUUAAAAUUAUUAGAUUUAGCUCUCUCCAUUAAUUAAUAAGAUACGUUUUCUCUUUAAUGCAAAGGUAUUUUAUUAUUGGAUAUUAAGGGAAUUGCUUACAAGAUUAAUAAUAAUAUAAAGAAGCUCUGAUUUAUUAUGAAAAAUCACUAAUAAUAUAACCAAAUCAUCUUUGGACAAUAAACUAGAAGGGUAUUCUUAACUUUUAAAUUAGAUUUCUGUGAAAAUAAAUUGAAGGAAUGA